CAGCUACCCUUAUGAAGCAAAAUAGUGCCAGACCCCGAUAAUUUCUAGGAAAGUAAUGAACCUCUGCAAAUAACUCUCAAGGCCGACCUGUGUGGAUAUAUCCACUUUGUUUAAAUAGAAUGACUGUGGGGAGGGGAAUAUUUGAGGGGGAGGAGAAGAUAGAAAUAUUAAAAAUAAAAGAGCCCCAGUGUGCUUGUGCUCGUGUGUGUAUGUGAGCGCGCGCGCGCGCGCCUGCUUCCCUGCCUGCCUGCCUGCCUGCCUGCCUCUGCGUUUUAAUUGAAAGCUUCUCGGUCUCUCCAAAGCGUCGAGCACUCGGUUCACCCACCCACCCCUGCAGUGGAUGUUAGUUGAUGCAGCCCAGUGCAUUGUGUAAGACGCGACCUGUUAUGGCCACCACUACUUCCGGGUUCUAGCAUUCUGGUCGGAAUCCACCUCUCCGCCUGUGCAACACACACUUUACACACGCACAGGGACUGGAAGCGGGCAGCAUCGAUCGUGGCUCCUUUAAGACAAACUCAGACAGACAUUUUUUUUAACCCUCCUCCUCUAAUCAUCUCUCUCCAGUGCAGCAGAGAGAAAGAGAGAGAGGAAGAAGAGAGAGAGGGGAGAAAGAGAGAAGAGAAGAGAAGAGAAAAAAGAAGAAGAAGAAGAGAAAGAAGAAGAAGGAGAGAGAGAGAGAGAGAGAGAGAGAGAGAGAGAGAGAGAGAGAGAGAGAGAGAGAGAGAGAGAGAGAUUAAGAAUUAGUACUGAUUCAAGGAAAGCGAGCGCUCUAUCUUUGUGCAGUUGAAUAUUAACAUUUGAGGUGCUCUGAUCAGUGGAAGAGAGACAGAGCGGAUCAUCAUUCAUUCACCACGUUGACAACCUCGUCUGUGAUUGACAGCUGGAGUGGCAAAAAGCCAUGAGAUUUGUUAGUUGGGUUUGAGGGGCACUUUUUUUCUUUUUUAAAAAACUGAUUUUGGGGUAAAGAAGAUCUGCUUUCUUACCCCUGCUGCUGUAUUGGAAACGGGAGCGCUUUUAUGCUGAGUUAUUAUCUCUACCGCUUUCUUCAGGUCCAAAUAGACUGAAGAUUUGGAACCGACUGCUCACGUUCCUGGAGACUUUAAGGAUUUCCCCCAUCAUUGUUGUUGUUGUUGUUCUUUUUUUUUCCGGGGGAGUUUGAGUUUUUGCUUCUUUCCACACUGGCCUUAAAGAGGAUAUAUUAGAAGUUGAAGUAGGAAGGGAGCCAGGCAGGCCGAUGGCGCAAAGGUACGACGAUUUACCCCAUUACGGGGGGAUGGAUGGAGUAGGUAUCCCCUCCACGAUGUAUGGGGACCCUCACGCUGCGAGAUCCAUGCAGCCAGUUCACCAUCUGAAUCACGGUCCUCCUCUGCACUCUCAUCAAUACCCGCACACAGCUCACACCAACGCCAUGGCCCCCAGCAUGGGCUCCUCUGUCAAUGACGCUUUAAAGAGAGAUAAAGAUGCCAUUUAUGGACACCCCCUGUUCCCUCUCUUAGCACUGAUUUUUGAGAAAUGUGAAUUAGCUACUUGCACACCCCGCGAGCCGGGGGUAGCAGGCGGAGAUGUCUGCUCCUCAGAGUCUUUCAAUGAAGACAUAGCAGUGUUCGCCAAACAGAUUCGCGCAGAAAAACCUCUAUUUUCUUCUAAUCCUGAACUGGAUAACUUGAUGAUCCAAGCCAUACAAGUAUUAAGGUUUCAUCUGUUGGAAUUAGAGAAGGUACACGAAUUAUGUGACAAUUUCUGCCACCGGUAUAUUAGCUGUUUGAAAGGGAAAAUGCCUAUCGAUUUGGUGAUAGACGAUAGAGAAGGCGGAUCAAAAUCAGACAGUGAAGAUAUAACAAGAUCAGCAAAUCUAACAGAUCAGCCAUCUUGGAACAGAGAUCAUGAUGAUACAGCAUCCACACGUUCAGGAGGAACGCCAGGACCCUCCAGUGGGGGGCAUACAUCACAUAGUGGGGACAACAGCAGUGAGCAAGGUGAUGGCUUGGACAACAGUGUAGCUUCCCCCAGCACAGGUGAUGAUGAUGAUCCAGAUAAGGACAAAAAGCGUCAUAAAAAGCGUGGCAUCUUUCCCAAAGUAGCCACAAAUAUCAUGAGGGCGUGGCUGUUCCAACAUCUAACACAUCCUUACCCUUCUGAAGAACAGAAAAAGCAGCUGGCACAAGACACGGGCCUCACUAUACUUCAAGUGAACAAUUGGUUUAUUAAUGCUAGAAGAAGAAUAGUUCAGCCCAUGAUAGACCAGUCCAAUCGAGCAGUAAGUCAAGGAACACCCUAUAACCCAGAUGGACAACCAAUGGGAGGUUUCGUAAUGGAUGGCCAACAACACAUGGGCAUCAGAGCACCAGGGCUGCAAAGUAUGCCAGGGGAAUAUGUAGCUCGGGGUGGUCCAAUGGGUGUGAGUAUGGGACAGCCAAGUUAUACCCAACCCCAGAUGCCCCCACAUCCUGCUCAGCUACGUCAUGGGCCCCCCAUGCAUACCUACAUUCCUGGACACCCU